UUAUUAAUAUGGUAAUUGCAAACAUGUAUCUAUUUUUCAGAAUCUGUCUGGAUUUUUGCUGUACUUGAGUUUCAGUGCAAACUCAGUUCAAAGAAGCAACUAUGCAGAGAAGGCACAGAGGAUUAAAUACUGGAGUGCUUCUCCUCCUUUCUCAGCUCUAUCAAGUUGGAUUUAACAACAUUCCACCUGUCACACUUGCAACUUUGGCAGUGAACGUUUUUUUUUUUUUGCAACCCCUGAAACCCUUGAACAAAGCAUGUAUUAGUGUCAAUGACUGUCUUUACAGAAAAGAUUGGCAUCGUUUGUAUCUUUCAGUAUUUCACCAUGCAGAUGACUGGCAUCUGUAUUUUAAUAUGGUCUCCUUGCUUUGGAAAGGAAUUAAAUUGGAGAGUAGGCUUGGAAGUACGUGGUUUGGAUAUAUAAUUACACUGUUUUCAUUACUAGUUGGAGCUGUAUACAUAUUUCUGGAAGUUAUACUGGCACAACUUUUUGGUGAUUCUACAUAUGAAGACCACUGUGCUGUUGGUUUUUCUGGAGUGCUAUUUGCUUUGAAAGUUCUUAAUAACUAUUAUCAUCCAGGUGGAUCAAGCAAUAUUAUGGGCAUGAACGUAUCCAAUAAAUAUGCUUGUUGGUUGGAACUUGUAGCAAUCCAUGUAUUAAACCCACGGAGUUCUUUUGCAGGGCAUCUGGCAGGUAUUCUUGUUGGCCUAAUGUACACCAUGGGACCUCUGAAGAUGUUCAUGACAGCAUGUGCAGGUGGCCGCAUAUCUCCAGCUGGCUUUUCAGAACAAAGGAACAACUACAGUGGGGGGAAUUUUAGAUAUUCAGGUAAUCCAUCCUAUACACCAAGCAACUACAAUAUGUAUACUGGUGGACUUACUGAGGAAGAACAGUUUGAAAGGGCGGUAAGGAACAGCUUGAGCGAAAGAGGUGGCAGUACAAGACAUUACAGCAGUGAAAGGAGGCCAUACGGCUUCUGGCUUUCACCAGAAGAACUAUCAGCUGAGGAACUCAGAAGGCAGAGACUUAAUAGAUUUGAGAGGUGGCAGUAGUCUAAUAUAUAAUACAUAAAGGGCUCCUCAUAACUGUGAAGGCAUUGCUGGAUAUUUUUCAUUUAAUCUGUCGCUAUUUGACAAAAUAUGUUUCAUGGAAGCUAUCUGAAGCUGAGUGAAAAAAGGCAAACCUGCUUGGCACAUGGACUACCAAAUUUAAAACUGAAAUGGAAAAACAUUCUUGAAAAACUAAAAAUCUUAAAAGAAUUCACUACACCAUGAACAAUUCUAUAGCUACCUUGCAUAUUGUUCUUCUCAGUGUAUAGCUUUUGGUAACUUAAGAAUUUGGUUAUUUAUUCUGCACUUUCCUCUUGGGUCUUCUUGCAGGAAUAAUUACUGAAAUUGAAGAGUACAGUGAUUUACUAUGGAAAUGCAUUUCUCCGGAUGCAUAUUUAAAGUAUGACAGCAUCAUACAAUUUUAGUUUAGAUGAGAAAGUAAUUGCAUAACAUGAACAUGUUCAAGCACUAAUUUUAUUUUGGUAUACAAGAAGAUGGAAUUUUAUAUUUUUAUUACGUCAAAGAAGCCAAAGUUUGGAAACUUUGAAUUUUUCAAUAUCAUUUGAAGUAGACUUUGGAAUUUACAUUGAUUUAUUUGGAUGCAGGCAUCUGUAUUUUCUUACUUACAAGGUUUUGUGCUUAUGAAGCAUUGACACAUUAAACUCUAAAACGGUUUAUCCAGAAUGUAUAUGUGCACAAUCUUUGAUAAUAUAUUUUUGGCAAGUUUUAAGUUUCUGGAUUCACAAUUUCUUUCAUCAAGGAAAUUCCAGUCUAGUCCACAAUUGUGUUAUUGCCACUUUUGAAAAAAAUUGGUCUGCAUGCUUGCUAGCUGUUUAUAUUUUUGUCCAAAAGAAAUUAAUAAUUUAUAUACCUUCCCAUCUCAAUUUCCUUUCUUGGGGACAAUGUAACAUUAAAUGUUUCUAUUAAACAUGUAUAUUAAAAAAUAGAAAUAACAGCUUCUAGGAAACUACUAUAUGAAUGUUUGUUUUACAGAAGGAUGAAGAGAAUCUCCCAAGAUGAUUUGAAACUGUUGUUUCCAUAGGCAGAAAGACUGUCAUUCAAAUAGGAAGUUAAAGAUGUUUUUGUUAGGACACAAGGAAGGAAAAGAUUACUAGAUUCAGAGGUGCAUUUAUUUAACGUUACAGUUAGUUUAGCCCACAACUAACUGUUAAUUGUGUUCAGCCAUUAGGUCUUACUAAUUUCAUUUUAAAAGAAACAGCAACAGUAUAACUUUCUACAUGUUUAAUUAUUAUGAAUCUGUAAAUAUAAAUUACUUUGAUGCCCCAUUCUUUAUUCCCCCCCUCCCCGCAAUACUCUUCAUGGGCAUCCCAAAAUUGAUAAACUAAUUUUGUGGAAGAGAAAAAAUAGAAUUGGCAGUUUCACCACAGCCAUAAAACAUUCCUGUGUGAUAUUUUUCAUCAGACAUUAUGAUUUGUGUAUUAACUUUUCUGAUUAAAAAGACUUUCCAUACUGCACACUUCAGCUUAUGUCAGGUAUUUUUCUUAAAUCAUUACAGUAUUUUCUAGUUGAGAAUUACUCUGUGCCUUCCCCAAUAAAGCAUGUAUUAAAAAUCAUUUAUUUUAA